AUGUCGCCGCAGAUGAUUCUACAUCCGCCAUCGAAAUCUGGUUCGACCAUCUCGCGGGAGGAUGAUAUCCCCCCUCAGCCACUGGAUCAAGAUGUGCAGGAUCCUAGUCAUAAGACAGGACUAGGUAUAUCCCAAACCAUCGGGACACUUGCAAUCGACGACUCGCCCCAAUCUCCUGAUACUAUCGGGCCAAAUCAUGAGAGAAGGGAAGCUGUCGCUUUUCACAACCUCCCUAUCCAGGUUCUGGAGAGAAUACUAUGGACGGUCGAUGCCAACAGCUUUGCGUCAUUGGCUAUAUUGAACAAGAACUGGUAUAGGGCAGCACAAAACCGAGAACUUUACGCCCAUCACCUAUCUCGGUGUCCAUCUUAUGCCUUGUCCAACACCGUCAUUACCGGUCCGUUUCGGAAAUUUGACCUAUAUCGGCUCAAGACAAAAUUCGCGGCAGAGGUCCGGCGAAAUCUGUUCGAGGCAUAUCUGCAACCUCGCCAGACUCUGAUUAAUCUGAUAUCCGUCAAUGCCAGUUCCUCCGCCGCUUUGCCUGGAGCUGAAGCGUUCCGCUUCUCUUUCUCUCCAAAUGGGCAAUCGAUUCUCGCGCUCAGUUCCUCACGGAUAUACGUCAUUGACGCCGUCACAGAUCCUAUCAGUGUGCGCCAUGAGCUGAAGACGAUGAGACGGCCUUUGGCGGCUUCGAUCACUGAUGACGGCACAAUAUUAGCCGUCCUGUCCUCCAAACAUCAAGCCAAUGUAUAUCACUUGACGCCAAAUGGCGUAAAACAUAUCCAGGUGCUGGUCAUGGACAAUCCGCCGAGGACGAUCGCGUUGGCUCCCGAAGGAACAGUCCUGGCCGCUGCGUAUGAGGGCGGCGUCGAAGUCUUUUCCCUCGCACCGAAUGCUCUUUCCACAGACCGACGAGCUGUGAGGAGCGAAGGCGUCGAUAUCUUGAGCUUCUCAGGUGAUGGAUCGAUGCUAGUGGGCAGCACCCAAAGUCUCGAAGAACCAUCGGCGGUUGUCAUCACUGCGCCAUUCUACACCGAAAAUGAUCUGUCGCCAAAAGAGGUUCACAGUCGCAUGUGGACCACACAGAUUCUCUUUCCACAAAUUAGCAGUAUUUGCAGCCACGCAGAGUUGCUACAGGGCCAUACAGAGGGUGACGCCAACUGGCUUUUUGCUUACGACCACACCCUCAUGUCUUACCGAGCCGUCCGCACUGAUGACACCCGAACCGGCGUCGCAUAUUUCUUGAACCCAACGACGAACAGGCGAUUUAGCCUGCCUGCGCCAUCAACCGCGCCCACUGCGACUGUGUGUGGAACUCUCGUUGUGGCCGGCUUCGCUGGAAGCGGUCUCUGGAUUUAUGGCGUCCCAGAAAAGCUGGACGUCAGUCCAGACAUGGGUUCGGUCGUCGAGCGGCACGAACAACGCUUACAAGGGAGGGUUCCGCUUACCUCUGCGACGGGCCAUAUUGAACCAUUGAUGGCAUAUUCGCCUUCGAUAUCUGGAAGUAGCGAGGAUAUCGAGGAUGACUCGCUAGCAGCAAAGGUCGACUGGCGAGAAAGCCUGUUCGUCAAAUGUGAACGAAUCAAGACUCUUGACGGCGCCACGGCAGCCAAAUGGGUGGAGAGGUGCGAAGAUAGACCAUGCGCUUUCGCCGGUAAGCGGCUAGUUGUCGUGGCCCCUGGUGGUGUCGAUCAAUUUAUGGAGGAACUCGGAGACGAAACUAUGCCGGUUGACGGCUCGCGCCUCUCGAUACUCGACUUUGAUUAUUCGCCGUCCAAAGGAGCAGACCGCGAAUUGACUAUCGAGGUGGGCGAUAAGGAGCCGGAAUUACUCAUUGAACGAAUGGGUGAUAUGGAUAUUGAGGUGGCAAUGGAAAGAAGACGAACAGUCAGGGAACGUGCAAGAGGGGGCAUGAGAGGCGGCCUCGGUCGAUCCGUCACUACAGCUUCAGCGACGCCGGGAUCGCGCCUGAGAAGUGUCUCUCAGGCUUCCUCAGCACUAGACAUUGACGCACAAAUUGCUUUGGCCAACUCAAACCCACUGCCCUCACAACCAGCCCCGUCCAAUUUACACAGAUCUGCCACAGCUGCUGGGUUUUCUACGGCACGGUACCCUCCCAGACCACCUCUGGCGCAGCAACAAGACACCGCCAAUGCCAUCUAUCACCGUUCGCCUGGUCAACAGCAGGAUGGUUGGGAGUCGCCACCUCCACCUUAUACCACAGGGUCUCUGCAUCCUCAAGCGGGGGGGACAUUGGGUUCACCUUUGGUCCAGGCACGUCCGAUGGCAGGGAUAUCCAUGCCAAUGGUAGGGAUCCCCGAGAAUGGCCAUGCUCCGCAGGUUCACCCUGGCUUCGGACAUGGCAGUCCCAUGACUCCGCAACAUCCAUCUCAGCCUCUGCAUUUGACUCCUCAACCGGUGCAGGUGGUGAUGGACAUUGCUUCCAGGCAUGCCGUCGGCCAGUAUGGUGCUCCAGUCACCAUGAACGAUCAAUCAUUUGCUCCAACACCGGAGACGUAUCAACGUGCGACUCCAGCCUCGCAAAUGCCUGUAGUGAAUGCACCGUUUGUCCCGUCCGUAUCUGGAGAAUCAUCAAGGCCGGUAUCGCAUGAAGGUCGAACUUCACCCUUCCAACAGACUCCAGUCUCCCAGCGGCCACACACGUCGGAUCGUCCGUCUCCUCUGAACGCCCCUCUCCAUGUACCGCAGUUUUCUGACGCGGCUUCAUCUCAUAAACCGUCUUCAUCAGGAUCCGUGACAUUGACUGGAGCAAAUUUGCAAGCGCGGCUUAAUCACCCCGUCCCACCAACUCCGACAUCUCUGGAACGGAUGCAUCUGCCACAAUCCGACGGUCCUGCUCUUCAUUCUGUGAUUUCCCAGCCGGCACUUUCACCCACCAUUCAAACCAAUGGGUCAUACAGUAUUGUCCCCCCGACAGCUGACCAGAUGGCUCAUCUGGACCGUCGAGUCUCUCAAACUCUGCGCAAGCCAGUCCCGCCAAUCGUCACUUAUGGCUCUGCCUAUCAAGGGGCUCCAGCACGGGAGUCGAGCGGCAGUCCUAACGUGCCACCCUCGCCACCUCGAGGCGUAUGGGGCGCCGCGGGAAUUCCAGGAUCUCCGUCUUUUAACAAAGCAAUCAAUCUGCCCAACGGGUUGAUGAGGAGUACCUCCAGAGGAAGUGGUCGUUCAAUUCCAAUUUCUUCAUCGACACCAAAUCUACACGCUGCACUACCGAUACAAGACCAGCGACCUCGCAUGGGCAGGCUCGACACUAUUGACAGCAUAUCUAGCUCGUAUGGGCCGGGCGAACCAGGUUCGAGGUCACACAGUGAUGUGCAAGGAAUGGGGCCGCCGCUGCCACACCCGCAACAAACUCCGUUCUUGAUCACCCAGAGUCAACCAGUCCCACAGCCGCUGUAUGAACACAUACCAACUCAUCGAGCCCGGGUUUGGGCUGGAAGUGACCCGAGCCCAAUUGAGAGUGGGGACAGACGCGUUUUAUCAGACCCCACCUCCGCAGAAUCUGGCAAGAAAAAGAAAGGAAAGAGAAAGAAAGGCGAAGAGGUGCCGAGAAGUCAAACACCCAUGCCAACCAGUUCGAGGCCCACCAAAGAAGGAGGCGGUGGGAAGAAGGGAGGACGAUGCAUCGUCAUGUGA